UGGUCACGUGGCGCUCCUUCCACUACCGCACUGCGGAAAAACAUGGCGCCCCGGGCGAUGAAAGCGGCGAGAUGCCCAACGGACGAGCUCUCCAUCACGAACUGCGCCGUCGUCCACGAGUCUGACCUCAAGUCCAUUCACGUGGCGGUGAUCACGGGCCCAGGGCAGCGCUACGUGUUCACGCUGAAGAGCCAUCACUCUGUAGUGCCAGGGACCAUCGCUUUCAGCCUACCCCAAAGGAAAUGGGCGGGGUUGUCACUGGGACAAGAUGUGCAAGUGGAGCCGUUUGAGUUUGACAAAACCAAGAACAGCAUCGGCGCCAUGACCAUCGAGGUCGACUUCCUGCAGAAGAAGACGGCCGACUCGAAUCCCUACGACUCGGACAAAAUGGCCACGGACUUUGUUGGCCAGUUCAUCAGCCAGUCGUUCAGCGUGGGCCAACAGCUUGUGUUCAGCUUUGCCGGAAAGCUGUUUGGGCUGAUAGUGAAGGGAAUUGAGGCCGUGGACCCAAAUAUCCUCAAGGGCGAUGCAACCAGCAGCAAACAAAACAAGAUCCUGACGGGUGUCAGCUACCAGAACACGCAAGUGAUCUUUGAGAAGGCGGAGAACUCGAAUCUCAACUUGACGGGAAAAUCCAAAACCAAGCAGGGUCGGCAGUCGAUCAUCAACCCGGACUGGAACUUUGAGAAGAUGGGAAUCGGUGGUCUCGACCGGGAGUUCUCCGACAUCUUCCGGCGGGCCUUCGCAUCCCGCGUCUUCCCUCCCGACAUCGUCGAGCAGAUGGGGUGCAAACACGUGAAGGGCAUCUUGCUGUUCGGGCCGCCAGGCUGCGGCAAGACGCUGAUGGCGCGGCAGAUCGGCAAGAUGCUCAACGCGCGCGAGCCCAAGAUCGUCAACGGGCCCGAGGUUCUCAACAAAUACGUGGGCGAGUCGGAGGCCAACAUCCGCAAGCUAUUCGCCGACGCGGAGGACGAGCAGAAGCGGUGCGGCGUCAACAGCGGCCUGCACAUCAUAAUCUUCGACGAGAUCGACGCCAUCUGCAAGCAGCGCGGCAGCAUGGCCGGCAGCACGGGCGUGCACGACACGGUCGUCAACCAGCUCCUCUCCAAGAUCGACGGAGUGGAGCAGCUCAACAACAUCCUCGUCAUCGGAAUGACCAACCGCCCCGACCUCAUCGACGAUGCUCUGCUGCGACCGGGGCGUCUGGAGGUCAAGAUGGAAAUCGGUCUCCCGGACAAUAAGGGCCGCAUCCAGAUCUUGAACAUCCACACGGCGCGCAUGCGUGAAAACGGGCUGCUGGCGUCCGACGUGGACGUCAACGAGCUGGCGGUGGAGACGAAGAACUUCAGCGGCGCCGAGCUGGAGGGGCUCGUGAGGGCCGCGCAGUCCACCGCCAUGAACCGCCACAUCAAGGCGACCACCAAAGUGGAGGUGGACAUGGAGAAGGCGGAGCGACUCCAGGUGACGCGGGAGGACUUCCUGGGAGCCCUGGACAGCGACAUUAAACCCGCGUUCGGCACCAACACGGAGGACUACCAGGGCUACAUCAUGAAUGGAAUCGUGAACUGGGGCGAGCCGGUGCACCGCGUGCUCGAGGACGGGGACCUGCUCGUGCAGCAGGCCAAGAUGAGCGAGCGCACGCCGCUCGUCAGCGUGCUGCUCGCGGGCCCGCCCAACAGCGGCAAGACGGCGCUGGCGGCGCGAAUUGCCGAGAAGUCCAACUUCCCCUUCAUCAAGCUGUGCUCCCCGGACAAGAUGAUCGGCUUCUCGGAGACCGCCAAGUGCCAAGCCAUCAAGAAGACUUUUGACGACGCGUACAAGUCGCAGCUGAGCUGCGUAGUGGUGGACGACAUCGAGAGGCUUCUGGACUACGUUCCCAUCGGCCCUCGCUUCUCCAACCUGGUGCUGCAGGCGCUGCUCGUCCUUCUCAAGAAAACUCCGCCCAACGGCCGGAAGCUUCUCAUCAUCGGCACGUCGAGCCGCAGGGAGGUGCUGCAGGAGAUGGAGAUGCUGGACGCCUUCAGCACCACCAUCCACGUCUCCAACAUCUCCAAGGGCGAGCAGCUGAUGGACGCGCUCGAACAACUGAGCAGCUUUGAGGACAAGGAGAGGGCCAAGAUCUCUCAGUACGUGAAGGGCAAGAAGGUGUGGAUCGGCAUCAAGAAGCUUCUCACGCUCAUCGAGAUGGCCAUGCAGACUGAGCCACACCUCCGCGUGAGCAAGUUCCUGUGCCUAAUGGAGGAGGACGGAGGGUUGCAGGAAUCGUGAGAUGGGAGGCACGGCGCGGGAACGAGCGUGACGAUCGCCCACCCACCCCACUCAUUCCCACCCCACUCACCCACACCCCACUCACCCACCACUCUCAGCCACUCCUCUCACUCCCACCCGACUCACUCACCCACACCACUCACUCCCACCCCACUAACCCACCCCCACUCACCCAUCCUAAUCACCCACGCACCACUCUCCCCCCCUCCCCCAUACGCUGUCCCAGCCAUAGGCACACCCAGGGGUGGGGUAAUAGGGGUAGUUGCGUGACUGUGCGUACGUAUCUACUUGUGUUUUUAAUUUAUGGGGAGCGGUGGCACAGUGGUUGUUGCGCUACGCUUCGAUUCUCGCUGAGAGCCAACAUCGGUGACAUUUAUCUGAACCGGCCCUGGGCCUUCCCCAGGUAGUUUCAGACUCAAAUGAGGACCAGCUGUGGUGUAUAAACAUUGCCCGUAGGAAGACGAAGGCUGUCGGGCAUGCUGCUGGUCCACUCACCUUGGUGUGCCAUGCCGGACAUUAUCGGGUGCUCGCUAGCAGCACUUUAAAGGCUAUAGGUGGAAGGGGGGGGGGGGAUCUUUCUGUCAUGCGUGGGGAGCGGUAGCGUAGCGGCCGACACACUGGGUGGUGCAGUGGCUGUCGCGUGCCCACGUACAUCCUUGGCAGCAACACAACCCACUCCCACGCGCGUAAUUAGUUUACUGGGUGCGCAUCUCUCCGACACUCCCGCACGCGACACCGCAUCGUGUAUGUGUGUGUGUUGAACUUAUUUCGCACCGUACAUAGCCAGCCGCGCUAAUCGGAUGUGCAUUGGUACCUCGGCCUGCGCCCCAGUCACAGCUCACGUCGUCAUGCACGCUCUCCUCAAACGCACAUGCGCACAAACGCACAAACGUGUACGGCUCGUAUCCUCGCCACAGCAACGCGCGCGCGUGUACGACCGUUAGGGCUGCGACUAAACGGCGCGAGGUUUGCACGGCGGUGUCGUCGCUCGACGCAAUGCGGUUGUCCGCGUCGCUCCGUUCUGAAUAGUUUUUGAGUGUCCACUCUUGCGUGUUUGCAACAUGCGCUCGCGCGACCCCAUUGGCCGGAUGGGAGGUGGCGUCGUCUCACCCCCGCGCGUAGCUGCGCGUGGCGAUUCAUCUCUGAAAGUGCGGGCCGUCGUUUGAGUUUUUCACAGCUCUCGUCCGCGUGCAACGAAGUCGCUCCGCCGCAUCCCGCGGGACCCAAGUUCGCCACCCGGGUCGCCCGCUGUCCCGUUUCGCCGCCCGGCUUCGGAGACGUCCUCGCUUGUUCGUGAUCUUGCCGCUCGCACCCCCCCGGGGCCCCUGGUCGCACGCCGCUUCCCCCGGGAUCGCUCGAAACAACAACAACAACACAGGCUCCAGAUCGCUCGCCCCGAUUUGUUUUCCUUCCGGUAUUGAGGCGGCUCUCCCCCCUGGGAGUACCCCCUAGCGCCGCUCGCGCCUUCAGCCGGGCACCUGCGCAGCCCCCGUGGGUCGUCAUUUCGAAAACCCCCCCCGGCUGAUCGCUCGACCCUAUUCGCUGUAUCGUCGGGCUCUCGCAAACUGGCCGGCGAAUGUUCUUAACAUUCCUUUUCCUCGCGGGUCCGAUGCCGCUCGCCCUCUCGCGCCCUUUUAAAGUGGGUGCGGAACGCCGGGGCCCGGUUCAAGACUCUGCUUCAAACCUGACGGGAGCGACGUGCAAUUGGUCUUUGCGGUUUUCGGCGGACCCUGGCAGCAACGGGCCGAUGUCAACUCCCAGCCACUUUUUAAACUACGUGUGUGUGUGUGCGUGCGCUUAUAUAUAUGUGCAAUAUGUAGCAUCUCACCUGCUCACCUUGAAGCAUUUCGGUGCGUUGUAUACGUUCGCCGGACUGCCCACAGGGCGGUAGCAUGUACCUCCAUGGCAAGCGUACAUCCGCUGCGACUGAUGACUCGAUUGGCCAAAGCUCGGUUGUUUAGUUGACUGCGUUGGUUGUCGAUGGCAAGACAGCAACAGUGUGUACAUAUGUCACGGUCUUUUAACCAGACGUGACGUCCGAGAACCCGUCGCCACAAGUCAGCGCAGAUCUCAUGUGUUAGGCCCAAGUGACGAGGUGAGGGUUCUUCUGGAUGGGAUUUGACGAGGGUUGGUGAGAUUUGAGGGCUCCCGUUUCGGAUUGGCCGGCAACAAUAUCAGCCAAAAGUAACAUUACACAAACACGCAUCACCGUUCAAGUCUUCACAAAGCGUAGAGGGUUCUGUAUUGGAUAGGGGAGGGGGGGAGCAGGGGUUAAAGUUAUCUUAUCGGAUUUGGUUGUGGCUUCUGUGUUGAAUGUGACCAUGGUUCUUUAUUGUAUGAAAUGGAAGAGUCUGUGCUGGAUGUGACGAGGGUUCUGUAUUGGACAGGCUAGCUCGAGGCGACAAGCUGUGUGGGUGGUAAUUCAACUGCAGACCAUAAACCCCAACUCUCACAAAUCACCAUCUCCGAUUAGGUGUUGAUUUUUUGUUGUUGACCUAUACCGACAAAUAUUCUACCAAAACGAGCGGCUUUAAUAGACUCGAUUAUAAUAAAUAAGUAUAUAUAAAUACAUAUAUAGAGAGAUGAAACAUGUCAUUUUGGCCAUUAAAUCAAAGUUGGUGAACAAAUUGCUUGCUGCUUAGUCCGUCCCUCGACAUUUCUCGAGACUUUAACCCCCCCAACCUCCACGGGUUUUGCCGGGUCACGUGUCCAACUCUCCCCCCCUCGCUCCCGGGUCACGUGACCAACUCGCUCCCGGGUCACGUGUCCAACUCGCCUCCCUCGCUCCCGGGUCACGUGUCCAACUCGCUCCCGGGUCACGUGACCAACUCGUCACCUCUCGCUCCCGGAUCACGUGUCCAACUCGCUCCCGAGUCACGUGACCAACUCGUCACCCCUCGCUCCCGGGCCACGUGUCCAACUCGCUCCCGGGUCACGUGACCAACUCGUCACCCCUAGCUCCCGGGUCACGUGUCCAACUCGCUCCCGGGUCACGUGUCCAACUCGUCACCCCUAGCUCCCGGGCCACGUGUCCAACUCGCUCCCGGGUCACGUGACCAACUCGUCACCCCUAGCUCCCGGGUCACGUGUCCCACUCGCUCCCGGGUCACGUGUCCAACUCGUCACCCCUAGCUCCCGGGCCACGUGUCCAACUCGCUCCCGGGUCACGUGACCAACUCGUCACCCCUAGCUCCCGGGCCACGUGUCCAACUCGCUCCCGGGUCACGUGACCAACUCGUCACCCCUAGCUCCCGGGCCACGUGUCCAACUCGCUCCCGGGUCACGUGUCCAACUCGUCACCCCUAGCUCCCGGGUCACGUGCCGUGCUGAGUGACGGCGCCCAACAGCCCAUGGAGCCAAGCGACCAGCGACAAUCGGCGCUGUUGACGGUGUAAUAGAUUGUCGAGUUUAGGCCUUGUUUGGCUUGUGAUGUAUUUUUAUUUCAUUUUUUCUUCACCCCCUCCCGCCCCCACACAGUGUCAUUCCUGAGUGUACAUCCCACCCGUACGCGUGUGUGUGUGCGCACCGCUGCAGGUGGCACAGACUAAGUUUUGAGGCUUAAUUUAAUACCCAUGUGUCCCCCACGUGUACAGACAGUGGUGUGAGUGUUGUGGUGGUGGUGGCGCUUCUGUUUUGCGAGUCCGGCGCGUGCUAUGAUCGUCGCUUCCAGUUGCUUUUAUCGGGUGACGAAUCGUGCGCUGCUCCUUACCGUCCCGUCUUGGCUGUGAUCCGAUUUUUUGAACAAGGCGAUUUGCUUUACGGAUAUAUAUUACGUGUAGAAACAAAAAUAUGGCUCCGAGUUGUCGAUUGUAGCACUGCUGUCGUUCGGCGUUGUCUUCUGUGACGUGCUAUUGAUUUUGUGAUGCAGAAAUAAAAGUACAA